UUUGAAUCCCAUUCCACCACUACCGUUCAAGAGAAAACUUAUGAAAUGUGUAUUAAAUAUUACGCUAACGCGAGCGAGUAUUGGGAUAAUAAUAAUUUUAAGAAUUAUGAAAUCAAAUUAAUCAAGACUGUUAGAGAAAUCACUCCUGGAGCUAAUAUUGAACAACAUAAAGCUAAGCCCAAAUAUUCAAAUUCAUAUCUUAAGCGAGUUGCAUCGGAUUCUCAAAUUGAAUUACAUAAGAAUGAAAUUAUGAAUAGAUUGAAUGAUGAAGUAGAAGAAGCCAAACGCAAAGAACAAGAGAAGGAAGAAAAGGGAGAAGGUGGAAGUGAAAGUGAGGAUGAAGAUGAAGAAGGUUUAGAUGAUGCUAAAUCCAGUGCAUUGUUUAUUAAUGAUAAUUCUUCGGACUUGAACGAUUUUGUCAAGAAUAAUUAUUAUUUGUCAUCGCCAUUAUUAUCUUCUUUGUAUAAGAAUCCUGAUGGUAAUGAAGAAUACUUGAAGAAUUCCGAAGAUGCAAAGAUCAUCUCGCCUUCUCCGCAACCAAGCAUACCAUCCCUGAAAUUUAGAGCUAAAUUUCAAAAUCAAUUAUCCGAAAGUCAAAAACAACUCGAUACAUCUGAAUUUAACAGAUUUGGAUUUAAUUGGGUUGAUGAAGAACAACAGAAGCAAAAUGAAGCUACAAGCAACCCAUCUAAACCACAAAGAACAAGCCCACUUUCAAGAAAUAAAUUUAUGAAUUCCAAAUCAUACAAGGAAUUAUUAGACAACUAUUGUUUCUUUUCUUCUAGUAAUGAUGAAAAUCAUUCACCAGAUGCGGAACUCCCAUAUCCUAAUACUAGUAUCAAUGGAAAUGGCAACGGCAAGCCAUCAAGCAAUGGUGGCGGGAAUUCGUACACAGUUUCUUCAUUCUUGGGAACUUAAUUUUUUACAGUUUACAAAUAGAGGACAAGGUAAAACAACAAAAUAGAUUAUUAAAAACUACAACGACGAAAUUUAUCUUGGUUAAAUUAUAGAAACGGUUGGUGAUUGUUUUACUUGUCUCAACUAAUUGAAGAAGAUGUGUGUAUGUUUUUUUUUACGUUUGCAUUUUGUAAUAUGCUGAUCAUGUGUGUUAUGAAGAUGAUUUCUAUUAUUAUUUAAAACAUUGAAAGUUUUUAGUUUUGCAUGUAAAGAAUCAGGGGUUGAGUCCCUGUUCCUAUUCCUCAUAUAUAUUUUUUUUUGUAUAUAAACUGUUAAUGAUAUAUACUGUUUAGUGUGUG